AUGAAAGCUGCCCUGAUAGUCGUCGACAUGCAAGAGGACUUUUGCCCUCCAAACGGCUCUCUCGCCGUACACGAAGCCCGCACCCUCGCCCCGACCAUUAAUACCCUCCUCUCCCACCCAGGCUUCACCCUCCGGGUCGCCUCCAAAGACAACCACCCAGCAAACCACAUCUCCUUCGCCUCGAACCAUCCGGCCCCCGACAACCUUCCAUUCUCCAGCUUCGUCACAAUGACCAACCCCGCGCCCGGGAAACACACCGAAACCAAACCCCAACGCCUUUGGCCCAUCCACUGUGUGGCCGGCACAACCGGCGCAGACCUGAUCCCCGAAAUCGACGCCUCGAAAUUCGACCUCUACGUGCACAAGGGCAUGGACGCGCGGGUUGAGAUGUACUCGGCGUUUGCGGACGCGUUCGGGAAUCUGGAUAAGGAGGUGAAUCGCAGCUCAGUGGAUGUGGACCUGAGGGGGGUGUUGAGGGAACAUGGCAUCACAGAUGUGUUUUGCGUGGGUGUGGCGGGGGAUUAUUGCGUUAAGUCUACGGCGGUGGAUGCGGCGAGGGCUGGGUUUAGAAGCUUUCUGGUGGAGGAUGCGACAAGGUGUGUUGAUGCCGGGGAGGGGUGGGAGGAGGCAAAGAGGGAGCUGAGGGAGGCCGGGGUUGGAUUGGUGAAGUCGGAUGGAGUCGAGGUGAAGGGGCUGCUGGUCGAGGAGCAGUUAUAA